AUGCAGCAGUCAUUCAGUUCUGUGUUGUGGUUUCUUUCCAUAGCCCCUUUUAUCUACUCAACCUCAUCUUCAUCAACGAAGUCAAUACCAAGCGCACAGGAUGAUGAAAUAGUUACUUCAGUUAUCACUGGAUCCGAUGGGCCUCUUACUGAGAAAGAAACCUUUGUUCCAACGACAUAUUCGAAAUUCGUCAACAUCUCAUCCACAAUCGUCAUAAAUACUAUAUUUACUAUUGUAGAUAGUAGUUCCACCAAACUUUCAAACUACAGCUACAAAGUUGGACCUGGGGGAAUUGGCUGGAAUAUUCCUACUCCUAGUAGCGGUGCGCCGAUCCUGCUACCUCCGCCUACGUUCCUUCCUGGACAUGGACCUACGUCUCGGUCAAGUUCCGAAGAGGUCCAUUCAACUCAAUCUUCGGCUGCAACCUUUUCGGAAAUCAAAUCGACCGCGAGCAGGGCCUCGAAUCCUGCCUCUAGCAGCUCCGUGUCCAACUCAACUAUUGUUGGUACACUAAGUACUUCUAGUAGUCUAUCUACUAGGCAGACCUCACAGUCUACACACACGAUAUCAAAUAGAAUUAGUACUUCGACUAGUACCGUAUCAUUCGGUGGGAUUGGCCCUACUACAAGCAGCACUCGAACUGAGUCUAGUGGAAUCACUGUGAGCAGCGCCGGUACGUCCAUUUCAACUGGCAGGUCUAGUGGGUCUAAAAGUUCGAGUGGAAUCGAGACUUCGGAGGGAAGCAAGCCUCCCUCGACCACAACCUCAAGCACAGUCACCUCAACUGCUACUAUACCUCCGACCGGCUUCUCAGCUAUUACUCUUUCCGGAACUUCAUUUCCUUCCAAUACUUGGCUCACAACAACAGACAAAGACCAUCACACGACAAUCCUCCCUGUGAUCGUGACGGGAGGUGGUAUUGGUAUUGCGAUGUGGAAUCUUCCUCCCACCCCGGACGUUCAAUUUAGCUUUCCAAAGCUUCCCAAGUUCCAUCUCCCAUGUAUAAAAAUUUUCGGAGUAUCAAUUGGUAGUUGCACAUCGAAUCCAGCCUCCGACGGCCCACCCAGCAAUGAUGACCCAACUGAUAGUCCAACCAAAACCAGAACAACUCUUUCGACAUCUUCCAAGCCGUCCUCGAGCAUAAGCACAAGCACAAGCACAAAAUCAAGUUCAAGUUCAAGUUCAAGCUCAACUUCCGAGUGCACCGUGUCGAAGACCGUCUCAAACUGUGCGGUACAAUGUGCCACAACUACCACAAGCAACUCCUGCAUAUCAUUCACGACUGAAUGCUCUCAGACGCGUACGGGCUGUUCUAUCACAGGCACGACUUCAACAAUAACUAGUUCUGCUAGUGCUUGUACAACUUGUUCAAGCUGUUUGGGUCGACAGGAACCCGGGAAUGGUGUACCUCCAUAUCAAACACCCGGUCCCAACCUAGAUGACGAGGAAGAUUCUAGAAAACGUGGCAUUGCUGGUCGUGCUCGGGCUCCCGCAUUCGAGAAACGAGGACCUAGUUCCCUCAUCGUGAAAAUUUCAACAUGCAACCUCAAGACGGGAUCUGCAAAAAAAUUGACCCGACCACCAUGGCCAGCAGUUACUGCUACAAUGCUAAAUCCAGACAAGGCAGGUAAAAUGGCCGCAAAAUAUUCGACGAUAUCUAGGUACGACCUAGCUACGACUAUCGGCGCUUGUGGAGUGCCAACUACGACGAGAGUAAACGCGCUGGCGUUCGCAGCGGCACCAACGUACACAGACUACGCUGGUAAGGAGCGACCGAACAACAACGAUGCUAGUCUUGAUCAUGCCUAUGAGAAGUCUUGGAUUAAGGAUUUCUUUACGCAGAUUGUUGCUGAAGCGAGUGGAAAUGGUAAACUUUCCUGCGCUGAUCUCAACCAAUUCUUCUUUCCCACAGUGAAUAAAUGCCAACAUAACCUCAUGCAACCAAUCUGGAAUAGUAUCGCAAGCGAGAAGAAUUUGGAUUUCAUUGUUAUGUCUCAGUAUCUUAAUGGUGACGGAAAAGGCAAAUUUUUCGUGGAUCCUACGAAAACACUUCCGAACACCUUCUUUGGAGAUCCUAAUUUUGCGAUUCAGAAUAAUGCGGGUUGGAAAUGGGCGAAUGAUAAAGAAGGCAACCAAAUGUCCGCAGAGGAUACAUUGAGGACUAUGAUUAUUUAUUUCGAGACCGUCCUCCUCGGUGUACUCGAGAUGAAGAGCGACUCUAUGUUGCCACUCAUGGAUAAGACAAAUAAUCGGGUUUACGACGCGCUGUUAAAACUCGAUAAUCGGAUCGCGACCGACAACAAGAUGUUUCCGAAUAAAGCAGUCUGGCAGACAGCUUUUGGAACUGAUGGCAUCGCUGGGGCGUACAAAGACUACAUGAUAAGGGUCGUCUUGCCGCAGAUCAAUGUUCCACCCACGUACCUGACUAACCUAUGGCAAAACACAAUUAAAACGGGUAUCGCAGCUUCAGAAAACCUUCCAGAUGUUAAGACAGAUUCAAAGACCGGCGAAAGUCCGGGCCCUUCGUAUCCGGAAUGGCAGAAGUUUUCGAAUUUCGCACAGGCGGUGGAUGCUCAAUACAAAAAGUCGGGGAAUUAUGCCUGGGAGUACACAUUCGCAUUCCAGUGGGAUCGAAAUAAUAAGCGACAGGAGGGAGACGACCAGUCAGACGAUGAAGACCUUAGUUGUCCUUUCUCGUCGACAAGUGGAGUCUCCACGACUUCCGAUACUCAUAUUUCACCCUCGACAUCUAAUACUUCAUUGAAGUCCUCUUCUAACGCCCCACCAACGAUUACCAGCACUAGUAGUAUUGCUAGCACGUUGUUUGGCUCGCCAACUAUGAUUCGUUCAAACACUAAACCAACUCCGAGCCCAACUAGGUUAUCUGCUACUGCUGGUUCUAGUGUGCUCGCCGGUUCCGGUUCCGUUUCCGAUUCCAGCACUCCGGAGCCGUCUCGUACUGAUGCGCCAGGGAAAAAAUUGGUUGCCUUUAUCAGGUAUUAA